AUGGGCAAGAAGAAGAAGCGCAGCGGCGGCGGGGGUGGUGGUGGUGGAGGCGAAGGAGGAGGAGGAUGCGGCGGGGGCCAGCACGAGGAGAAGCCCGAGGCCGACGCCGGGAGCGGCUGCGAGGGCCAGCCCAAGGACAAGCCCGCCGACGACAAGGACAAGGACAAGGGCGGCGGCGGGUGCAAGGACGACAAGGCGGACAAGGACAAGGACAAGGGCUGCGGCGGCAAGGACAAGGAGAAGAAGGCGCCGCCCCCGCUCCCCGUGGUCACCGCCGUGCUCAAGGUCGACAUGCACUGCGACGGCUGCGCGCACCGCAUCCGCGCCUCCGUCCGCCGCUUCCCAGGGGUGGAGGGCGUGGCCAUGGAGGUGGACAAGGGCUCCAUGACCGUCGUCGGCCGCUUCGACCCCAAGAAGCUGCAGGCCCGCGUCGCCUCCAAGACCAGGAAGAAGGUCGAGCUCGUCGGCGGCAAGGACAAUAAGGGCGGAGGCGGUGGCGGGGACAAGGACAAGUGCGGCGACGGUGGCGGGGACAAGAACAAGUGCGCCGACGGCGAGGGCAAGAAGGAGGAGGAGAAGAAGGAGCAGGACGACAAGUGCGGCGGCGGCAAUGCCGGGAAGGGGAAGGGCGGCAAGGACAACAAGAAGCCUGCCGUGCCGGUGAUCGUGACGGUGGUGCUCAAGAUCGGCUCCGCCGGCCUCCACUGCGACGGCUGCAUGCACCGCAUCCGCUGCAAGCUCUUCAAGAUCAAAGGCGUGGAGCAGGUGAAGAUGGACCCGGCCAAGAACCAGGUGACGGUGACGGGCACCAUGGACGCCAAGGCCCUGCCGGAGAAGCUCCGCAAGAAGCUGCGCCGCCCGGUGGACGUGGUGGCGCCCGGCAAAGGGGACAACAAGGACAAGGAGAAGGACGGGUGCAACAAGGACGGGAAGCCGCAGCAGCAGCAGCAGCAGCAGGGGGGCGACGGGAAGCAGUGCAAGGAGGCGGCGGAGAAGGCACUGGCGGCGGAGCUGCAGCUGUGGAAGACGGCCUUCUACGACCAGCAGGCGAUGCAGGCCACCGAGUUCCUCCUCAGCGAUGAGAACCCCAACGCCUGCGCCGUCAUGUGA